GGUGGACCUUUUGAUUGGGAGGAUAGUUUCCGCACUUGAAAGCGAAGCGUCGUUGAUUGGAGGAGUUCGUGAUGAACUCAACCAACUCCAGCAGGAGUUAAAAAGCAUGAAAUCUUUUCUAGAGGAUGCCGAUAGAACGACGGCCCAGACAGAAGGAGAGAAGACCUGGGUGGACAAUGUUAGAGACUUGACCUACAAGGCUGAAAUUAUCAUAGACGAGUUCAUGUAUCACAUGAGCAAACAAGAAGUUCAAGGUAAAUUCAGAAGGCUCCUCUGUCAGAUAGUCUAUGCACCAAAGAAUCUGUGGGUAAGACAUCGAAUAGCCACACAGUUACAGGAGAUCAACAAGACGAUCAAAGCCAUCCCAGAAAGAAACCAACGUUAUGGGGUCGAUCGUGUAGGAGGAGCAAACUCAGGCUCAGGCUCUGGCUCUGGUUCUGGCUCCCAUGAUCAUCAGGGACAGAAGCCAAACAACGCUGAGGACACUUUAUUUGUUAAAGAUGAUGAUCUAGUGGGGAUCGAAGAUGGAAAGCGACAACUACUGGGCUGGUUGAUGGACAAAGAACUACAGCGCACUGUUAUUUCUGUUUUCGGAAUGGGUGGUUCAGGCAAGACCACUCUAGUUGCCAAGGCCUAUAACAACCAAACUGUCAAGCAACAUUUCCACUGCUAUGCAUGGAUAACCGUGUCUCAAACUUAUGUAGUUGAUGACUUACUUAGAAGCAUGAUUAAGGAAUUUUGCCCUGCCACCAAGGAAGCAGUUCCAUUGGAUUUAAGUAGUAAGAGCCACAAAGAGUUGCUCGAGAUGAUUACCAACUAUUUAGAAUCAAAAAGGUAUGUAGUUGUCUUGGAUGAUGUAUGGAGUCAUAACCUCUGGGGGCAUAUAAGAGCAUCACUUCCAGAUGAAGGAAAAGGAAGUCGGGUCAUCCUUACAACCCGAAAGGAAGACGUAGCUUCCUUUAACUUUGGGGUUAAACGUCAUGUUCAUCAUAUGAACCCUUUGAGUACGGAUGACGCAUGGAAACUCUUUUGUAUGAAAGCUUUUUCGAGCAACCGUAGUAGAUGUUGUCCUAAAGAGCUCGAAUCCUUGGCUCAUGACCUUGUUGCAAAAUGUGAAGGACUACCUCUUGCAAUUGCAGCUUUGGGUGGUGUCAUGUCCACCAAACAUAUGGAAUCGGAUUGGAGAAAAGCUUAUAAGAGCUUGAGCUGGGAGUUGAGCUAUAAUCCUGAGCUAGAAGCAGUGAAAACUAUCUUGUUGUAUAGCUUUAAUGAAUUGCCAUACCAACUAAAGCAAUGCUUCUUAUAUUGUUGCCUUUUCCCAGAAGAUUAUCCGAUUCGACGGAAGAGGCUCAUUAGACUUUGGAUGGCAGAAGGAUUCGUAGGAAAGAGAGACGGAUUAACAGUAGAGGAAGUAGCAGAUGGCUACCUUAUGGAUCUAGUUUGCCGAAGCAUGCUUCAAGUCAUAUGGAGGAACCCAUCAGGUAGGCCGAAAGAAUGUAAGAUGCACGAUCUUGUGCGAGAAAUUGCCCUUUCCAAAUCAGAAACUGAGAAGUUUUGUGUAGUAUAUGAUGGCAAAGAAGAUAAGGAAGAAAAUGGAACCGGAGCACGUCGCUUAUCGAUUCAAACAAAUGGUGGAGAAUUGCAAUCAUGGAACGACAUGUUGCAACAGCUUCGGUCUCUUCUUGUAUUUUAUGAUGAUGAGAUAUCAUUGCCACGAGGCUUGCGACUGUUAAAAGUCUUCGAUCUGCAGGAUGUACCAAUCGAAAAAUUGCCAGAUGAGCUUGUGGAUCUUUUCAAUUUAAGGUACUUGAACUUGAAAAGAACAAAGGUGAAGGAACUUCCAAAAUCCAUUGGAAGACUUUGCAACCUUGAAACUUUAGACAUUAGGGAUUCCAAAAUACAAGUUCUCCCAACUGGAAUCACAAAGUUGAAGAAAUUGCGGCAUCUAAUUAUGUACCGCUACAACAAGCAUGGAGAUGGCAAUGAGUUUGAUUAUGUUUAUGGUACGGCAGCACCAGCUAAUAUUUGCAAGCUAACAAACUUGCAAGUUUUGGCAUGCGUAGAAGCAGAAUCAGACUUGAUGAAGCGCCUAAGGAACAUGACGCAGCUCAAGAGGAUUGGCAUUACAAAGCUGAGAGAAGCAGAUGAGGUGGAUUUGUGUAUUGCAAUCCAAAAAAUGGAUCUCCUUCAUUACUUAUUUGUGAUGGUGAGUGAUGAAAACGAAUGCCUCCGAAUGGAUAAACUCUCCUCAUCUCCUCCCUAUCUCAAGACGCUCAUUUUAGUUGGAAAAUUGGAGAAAGUUCCCCGUUGGUUCCACUCACUUCGAAAUCUCACGCUUUUGUAUUUGCAUUGGUCCAGACUGGAAGAAGACCUUCUUCCUUACAUCCAAGAACUUCCCAGUUUGGGAAAUUUGACUCUUAUUAAUGCAUGUGAAGGAAGACAACAGCUAUGCUUUAGUACUGGGUUCCCUAAACUUAGGGAGUUGAGUUUGGGGAACUUCCCCCAGUUAAAGGAGAUUUUUAUAGAAAAAGGUGUGAUGCCAGGUCUCCAGGAAUUUUUUAUUGGGAAAUGCAUGCAGUUGAAGAUGUUGCCUCAUGGUAUCGAGUAUCUCGAAGAUCUCCAAAUGUUGAAUUUGCAUUUUGUUACAAAUGAGCUCGUAGAACAAAUACGUGGAGAAGACAGCGAGGAACAACCACAGGUUCGACACAUACCAUGCAUCAACAUUAUCUGGCAGUCACCAGAAGGGAUCAAAUUUGAAAGAUUGCUUAAUUCUAAAGUGGACUGACAAAGACAAUCCUCCUGAUUCCCUAGCAUGAAGGUCUCCAGCUUGGUUAACAAAAAGAGAAGCUCCCCCCAGUUCGCUCUUUUUGUCUCUGGAGUGAUAUUAUUAAGAAUAAUCCAGAUUUCUGCUGUGUUUGUGUGUGUGUGCGUGCGAGUGAUGUGUUGUGCAAUUAAAUAAGUUCUAUCCAGGACAAGACAUGGUGAAUGUUUUAUCUUUGUAAUUUCAGCUUUGUGAGAUGAAGAUUUCUUUAGUCAUUUUGAUGAACAUCUGUAAAAUAAACUGAUGUAUUAUUGAUUUAUUGAUAGAUUCAUGAUUCUG